AUGCAGCAGCAACCAGGAUCAUCACCACCACCACCUCAACAGCAGCACCAACAAUACACACCUACCCGACCAUCUCCCCUCUCACCACGCCGUCUCACAAACACCCCCUCAGCAACACCCAACAUCUUCGCCGCCACCUCCAACAACAGCACCCAAUUCAACAUCCCCUCCAGCCCCUUCACACUUCCAACACCCACGAAACUCCCCUCCAUAUCGGCAUCAGCACCACCAUCCCCGACGCCACCACAGCAACAACAGCAAUCACACCACCAAUUCGCAAGAAGACAAAGAAACAUUCAAUCUUCCCCCAACUAUGCCCACCGCUACGCCAACACCAUCUCCAACCCCAUGACCAAGCACUUAAAAUCAAGCGCGUCUCCCUCGGCACGCCGGAAUGUGUUUCUAAAUCGCGUGAAGCGGGAUCGGGAUGAUGGGCGGUUUGGCGAUCGCGGCGAGCAGUUGGUGCUUAUGGAGCAUGUGGCGGAGGAGAAGAGGUGGGGAGAGGUGAUGAGACGGAGGGCGGAGGAGAUGAUGGGUGUUGUUGAGGAAGAAGAGGAAGAGGGGUAUGCCAAUGGAUAUGAUGAUGUAGACGCAUAUGCUCUGGACGAGUACUUGCAAGAACAAGCGGCCGAGAUGGAACGGUUGGAGUAUUUGAACCAGCAGCCACAGCCACAGCCACAGCAGCAGCAGCAGCAGCAUCACCACGGAUUGUUUGAUUCAGGUGGUCCUGCUGGUAGAGGUAAUGGUGGGAUGAACAUCUCAUUUAGUGAUGAAGAAGAAUACGAUGAUCUAUUCAUGGAUCUAGCGGGGCAUGAUGGUGGUCCUGAUAUCCCUGGGUCAAGUGGGGGAUUUGCGCAUAGUCAGGAUAUGGACAUGUCAUGA